AUGACAACUACAUCCACUACCAGUGUCAGGGUCUUUGCCAAUAGCGACCUGGUAUCUGCAGGGUUGGAUACGUUUAUCGAACACCAAUCACAAGAAGCUAUCAAUGCUAGAGGCGUAUUCAACGUGGCAGUUUCCGGUGGUUCACUUCCAAAGAUCUUGUCCAAGCAUCUAGUCAACAAUUCCCACAUUGCAUUCGACAAAUGGCACAUUUUCUUUGCAGACGAGCGAUGCGUACCUUUGAGUCAUCCCGAUUCCAACUAUCUUGAGCUGCGAAAAGAGCUCCUGGAUAGAUUACCGUUGUCAAGGCAACCUCACGUGCACGCCAUGAACCAGCAGCAUAUCGAUGCACCAGUAACUGCCGCUGCCGAUUAUCAGCAACAAUUACGUGAUCAUUUCAAGGGUGCUGUACCUGAAUUUGAUGUCAUUUUACUCGGCAUGGGCCCUGAUGGUCAUUGUUGCUCAUUGUUUCCAGGCCACUCACUUCUCAAUGAAAACCAUUCAUGCGUGGCUUCCAUUGAAGACUCUCCAAAGCCGCCAUCCAAACGCAUCACAUUCACCUUACCCAUCAUCCAUCAUGCUCGAAAGAAUGUCUUUGUGGCAACAGGACAAGGAAAGCAAGAGAUGCUAUUCAAUGUGCUUCAUCGCCCUGAAAUGAAACUCCCUUGUCAACUCGUGGGUCCAGCGAUUUGGUUCGUAGAUCAAGCAGCAGCAGCCCUUUUACCAUCACCAUCAUCCUCCUCCAAUACGCCAAAGCUGUAA